AAGCAGAGAAGCGCUCACAUUCCAAGGGGGUCUCUGCGACUGCUCUGGCCAUGCUUGCUGCCGCUCUGCACCUCCCGAGUUUUCUGCUGGCUUGCGCGCUCCUGAAGAGCUGCGUGGCAUUCAAAAACGAUGCAACCGAGGUCCUUUAUACCCACGUUGUCAAAACUGUCCCAGCCGGCAGCCACAACAACACCAUGAAUCAAGCGAGGCACGGGGGCAGGCAUGCAGGAUUCGAUCAGAGCAGUCGAGUUCAAGUUGGCUGUAGGGAAUUGAGAUCAACAAAAUAUAUUUCAGAUGGUCAAUGUACUAGUAUAAACCCUUUGAAAGAGUUAGUAUGUGCUGGGGAAUGCCUUCCUUUGCCAGUGCUACCUAACUGGAUUGGGGGAGGUUAUGGAUCCAAGUACUGGAGCAGAAGAAGCUCACAGGAAUGGAGAUGUGUCAAUGACAAAACUCGCACCCAGAGGAUUCAGCUGCAGUGUCAAGAUGGAAGCACCAGAACCUACAAAGUAACUGUGGUUACAGCUUGUAAGUGUAAACGAUACACAAGACAACACAAUGAAUCAAGCCAUAACUUCGAAGGAGCAACUCAAGCCAAGCCAAACCAACAUCAUAAAGAAAGAAAAAAGAACAGUAAAACCACAAUGCAAUCUCCAAGUUAGAACUUAAUGUAUGUGGAGAGUGCAUGUUCGUGUGUGUAUAUGUGUAUGUGGGCACACACAUACAUAUAUACAUACAUACAUACACAAAAACCCUUAUUAAUGACUCUCUGUUUUACAGAUGUCACUACCUAACAAAAGCCCUCUGAUGUUGUGGUUGCUUCUUCAGUGGGUAUAUACAUUUGUGGCUUUGACCAAACUCAGAAGGGCAUUCUUUUCUGAAGGAUUUUUUAGAGGUGACCUUCAUAUUUUAAAGCUGGCCUAUAAGCCAACAGUUUAUAUAUGCAUAUCUAAAUAAAGCAAAUGAAUAUUAUUGCCAUGGGAAGUCAAAUAUUUUAUACUGCAGACAGCAGCUAUUCUGAAUUUUUCAGGGGCACUUUUCAGAUCACACAUUUUCUUGGCAGCAAAGACAUCUUAUUUAAAAUAAGUAUUUUAAUUAUAUUCAUUAGAGUGAAAUUAAAACAUUUAUUUUAAACAAGAUGUCAGUUUGUUGGGAUUAUUUCUUCCCAUAAUACAACUAUACGAACAAAUUGGUCAACAAAAAGAAAAAAAAUAAAGGAGGAAAAAAAAGAAAUUUGAAUAAAAUGUAUUUAUUUGACAUUGCAAUUAUUUAAUGCAUUUUAAUAUGCUUUCUAUUUUUUAAGAUGGCUGUCUGAUAUCUUUACCAUUCUUUAGAGCAGCAAAAUAUUUUCCUAUGAUUUGUUACCAAAUUAGAAUAUAUAUUUGUAGAUAAUGUAAAUAGAUAUUUUAAUCUUUAUAUUUUUUUCUUUACAAAGAAACACAGUUCAAAUAAGAAAUUUUAAAAUGUUUUGUAAAUACUUUGUAAAAUACAUUUUUGCAGUCCAAAUAUUGACUUGUCAAUUUUUUUCCAUUUUAAUUAAAAAUUCCAAUAACAAUGCCUUUCAUUUUCUUUGGUGUAACAAAAUAAGUGGUAUGAUAGUAUGGUAUAUACUAUAGUAACAGAGCACAUGCAAAAUACACUUUCUGGUAAUGCAAAGCCAAUGUAUUGAGCUAGGUAACCAAUUAGCUGAUUCAUACAAUGUCCUGGCAAUAAUUUUUCUUGCAUCAUUUCUACAUUAGGAGACUAUGAUGAGAGAAAUGAGGAAACUAAUAUGAAAAAUGAACAUUGCCCAACAGAGAAAACUAUAUUGAAAGUUCAUUGCACAGUCUUUUUUUGAGAUGAUAUCCUCAAUGGUAGGGAAAAUUCAUUAAGGGAGCUACUUCAGUGGCCUUCCAGAUAUAUAUCCGAACAUAUAUGAAAGACAAUUGUCUUUCAUAUAUGAAAGACAAUUGGCAUAACAGCAAAUGAAUUGAAAUGACUCAUGGAAUAAUUGCAUGGUCUUUAAUCUGAUGUUCACUAUUGUAU